GAGGACUGGGCGUUCCACAGGCCAAGUGCUCUGCGCUCGGUGGGUGCCAGCCAGGCCAGGGCCAGCCGAGCGAGCGAGGACAGGCACCCGAGGGGGCGCGGCCGCCGGCCGGACGACACAGCGAGCGAGACUCAGGAGCAGUCCACGGCCCGACAGCCAGCGCGUCGGCAAUGGAGCGCCUGGUCGCCCGCCGCACCUUUCCCCUGUUCGCGCGCACCAGCGCUUGCCGCAGCCUCUUCGGGCCCGUGGACCACGAGGAGCUCAGCCGCGAGCUGCAGAUGCGCCUGGCCGAGCUGAGCGCCGAGGACCAGCGCCGCUGGGACUACAACUUCCAGCAGGACGUGCCGCUGCGGGGCCCCGGGCGCCUGCAGUGGACCGAGGUGGACAGCGACUCCGUGCCCGCCUUCUACCGCGAGACGGUGCAGGUGGGGCGCUGUCGCCUGCUCCUGGCGCCUCGGCCCCGCCCGGACGGCGCGGGCGAUAGCCCGCCCUCCGGGCCGCCGGCCGAUGAGUCCCUCGACGGCCUCGGGGAGGCGCCGGCGUCGCCGUCCAGCGGCCCGUCCGUAGCGCCUGCCCCGGCCCCGGCCCCGGCGCCGCAGGAGAGCUCUGAGCCGGAGGCGGUCCCGCCGCCGCGCAGCCAGGAGCCCCUGGCCGAGCCGCCGCACUCAGGGAUUUCGGGGCGCCCCGCGCCGGGCACUGCCGCCACUGCCACCAACACCAACGCCGCCGCCGCCACUGCCGCCGCCGCCGCCGCUGCCACCACUGCCGCCGCCGGAGGCGCCGCGAUCAAGAAGCUGUCCGGGCCUCGCGCGCCUAGAGCCUGUGUGUACUUCCCAACCAACACGUUUCCUGGGCACAAAUGA